ACCCUGCAUAUACAAUGUUAAAAGUGCCUUGAAUUCACCCUUCUCCAACAUACAAAAUAUAAUACAUAUAAAACACUUGUUCCUUUCCUUAUGCCUUUUCAGAGGAUAAUUAUUCAUAAUUUACAAAUAGAUGGACCCUGAAUCAGUUGUGUUCUCUCCACUCCACUGGACUUCAUGGCAUUGUUCUUAUAUGGUAAUUGGAAUAAUGACAGGAGCAGGGUCACGGUCCUCAUGGGCUAAAUUGGCUGUGAGUGUCUGCUUUUAAGUGGCCCUUUCCCUCUCUCCAGAAAAUGAUCCCCUGCCUUCCAAAAGGACACACAUGUCAUGUGGGUUUGCCCUGCUACCUGGUGUGAUACCUGUCCUCUCUGAUCGGCACGUGCAGUGAGAGGACCUGUAGCUCGUGCGGUAGUGGGAAGGGGCGUACAUGCGUGACAUGGCAUAGAGUCCAACUGAGCGUGCAGGCUAUUUUUAGACCCCGUCCAAAGUGUGAGCGAAAAACAGAAAGCAGGUCAUGCUCUCGGAUGGUGAUCGUUUUGUUACGGUAAAGUGCCCUUCUCUGCUGCCCUGGAAACAGUUGCCAAGCCCCACUCCUAAGCCCAUCCACCACCUCAGCCCGCCACCUCCCAUGUGACUUCUGUUUUCUCUCAUCCACCUAGAGAGCAGCAGCCGGGUCCAUCUUGUCAGAUCUGUGCUGACUGUGUUUUUCCACAAAGCUAACACAGAGCCAUUGCUUGCGGAGGAAACAAACGCCUGCAAGUUUUCGCCAAAGGGAAAACCUAUAAUGAGCCAGAUGACCUGUAUGGAUGAGAACAGGAUGUACCUACUUCUAAAAUAUUAGAUGCCAUAGGCCAUUUGGUUACCUGCUGGCGAGUUGUUCUGUCUUGUCAAUGGCAAUCAUUAGUCAAGUCAGUAGCAAUCACUAUGUCUGUAGGUCUGGGUUUUCACUUAGAGCCUAUCAUCACAGGUCUUUCUAGUCAUGUAGAUUCUAUGUAUCUUCAUAUGUUUUUAUAUAAUUAAUUCAAUGAUAAGAUGGCACUACAGUACUUUUUUCAGUGAAAUAUAAAACAGGAUCAUAUAUUUAUAUUCUUAUUGAGUUUUUGUAUGGGAUGCCAUACUUUUAUAUGUUGCAAACACAACAUCAUAAAGUAGGCUGUAACCUUGAGUGCUGAUUUGCCUGGAGUUGUUUAUGCAGCUCAUAUCCAGACAGAGAGAGAUAAGAGCAAGGUGGCAUGUCCCUGUUCCCUUCUCUGCUAUCACUCCCUGUUCCACACACAGGAGCAUGACACUGCCACUCACCACCAUCAGCCACAGUAAUGUGUGCAAUCACUUUUCCACUUGGAUUUCCCCCCAUGCGUCCACAGACUGGGCGCCAAGGGACAGAUGACCGGAUGUUAACAACACGUGUAUAAAAGGGACAGAGUAGCAUACCUGGUCAAGUAAUAGGAGUGCAUUGCCUCCUCUCUGUUCAGCUGAUGCUGCAGGGAGUUAUCAGACAGCUCCAUUGUAUCUGCAGUUCCCUUUAACCCCUGUAAAGCAUCAACGGGAGCAAUCUUCCUAUCAUGCACACUUUGAAGGAAGCAGACAUGGACACCAUUCACAGCUUCGGUGUGAGAAGCACACAGUACCUGCAGGAGAAUUACGCCGACGCACAGGGAUGGUUCCUUUUCGUGUCAUCGGUUGCGGACUUGCGCACAGCCUUCCUUAUCCUCUUCCCUCUCCUGUUCCACCUUCAUCCUGCCACGGGAGUGAAGCUCGUGUGGGUGGCUGUCUUGGGGGACUGGCUCAAUCUGGUCUGUAAGUGGCUGCUGUUUGGAGAACGUCCCUACUGGUGGGUGCAGGAGACAUCCUUUUAUGGCAACUCCACUAUACCACAAAUCAAACAGUUCCCCAUGACCUGUGAAACUGGCCCAGGCAGUCCCUCUGGUCAUGCUAUGGGGGCUGCAGGAGUCUACUACGCUCUGAUCACCUCCAUCCUCAACACCUUCCUCCAGCACUGUGGCAGUCCAGCACAGAGCUGGUGCACAAAAAUACUUGUAUGGACGGUCUUCUGGGUCAUGCAGAUCUGUGUAUGUCUGUCCAGAGUGUUCAUCGGCGCCCACUUCCCCCAUCAGGUCGCCAUUGGAGUUGUUGUCGGUAUUGCUGUGGCUGAGGGCUUGAACCGAGCCCACUGGAUCCUUUGUGUCAGCUUCAGGGGCUAUGCCCGUCUCACUCUCUUCCUGGUGGCCUUCGCACUGGGCCUCUAUGUCCUGCUCAACGCUGUUGCCGUUGACCUGCUCUGGAGUCUUGCCAAGGCCCAGCGGUGGUGCGCUAAAGCAGCGUGGGUGCGUCUCGAGACCACGCCAUUUGCUAGCCUCCUCCGUAACACCGGCGUCCUCUUUGGGCUGGGCACGGCCCUGCACCUGCCCGUGUGGGACAAGGCCGUUGGGUGGAAGAGUGUCAAGUGUGGACCAACGAGUGGCGUCCCCUUCAGACUGACCUGUGCAAGUGCAGCCAUCUUGCUCUUGAAUGUGUUAGAUGCUAUUGGGCCUCCAGUUCACAGCUAUCCACUCUUCUACCUGCUCUCCUUCUGCAAGAGUGCUACUGUGCCCCUGACGACUGUUAGCAUUGUACCCUACUGUGUUGCCAGGGCAAUGAAAGCUGUUGCCUGGAAAGGACACGACUCAGCCUCUAUGAAAUGGCACUGCACCUAAGAGACAGAGCCCACCAAACAGGAUUGGAAAAGUGUGAGAAAUUAAAGCAUAACAGAGGAAGAGAAGCUGAGGGCUGGAUUGUGACUGGCAGUGCACAAUGUUUUACUGUUUUGGUGCUGAAGCAAAUCAGAAAAGUACAAUGAAUGUGCCAUACCAAUAAGGUGUCAGUGGAUGCACUUAAUUUCAAACAGUUCAUGCCUUCAUACACACAAAACAUUCAUACAAUACAGUGCCUUCAAAUACAAUACAUUCAGACAAAACAUUAUCUAACUACCUCAUUUUGUGCAGAAAUGCAUGGAUCAGAGAAUAUGUCGACAUACAAACAGGACCACAACAAUGUUUUCUAUGAAAAUACUGUACAUAAAACUUGGUAGUGGAGGAGAGCCCCCAUCUGCUUGCUUCACAACAAAAACUAUUUUGUCAGUGUAUCUUCAAAAUACAUCAAAUUCACUUGUAUAAAUUUGAUUUCCCAGAUCUGUACCGAGUGUGUCCUCCCUCUUUGUAUUUCAUUGUCUGUAUGAAAACUGGAUUUUAAUAUUGUCUAAAUUAAUUGUUCUGGUUCUGAUAUGAAGGAAAUUAAAUAAAGAUGUCAGUCAUCCA